CCGGUCCCGGAGCGGAGCCCGGACAUCGCGCGCAGGCCGCCGGCACCAUGAAGAUCUGGACCUCGGAACACGUCUUCAACCAUCCAUGGGAAACCGUUACGACGGCUGCAAUGCAGAAAUACCCAAAUCCAAUGAACCCAAGCGUGGUGGGCGUGGACGUGCUGGACAGACACGUGGACCCCGCCGGGACGCUGCACAGCCACAGAAUGCUCAGCACCGAGUGGGGCCUGCCUUCCAUUGUGAAAUCUAUUUCAUUUACAAAUAUGGUUUCAGUUGAUGAAAGACUUCUAUACAAACCGCACCCUCAGGACCCGGGCAGAACUGUUCUUACUCAAGAAGCCAUCAUCACGGUGAAGGGCGUCAGCCUUAGCAGUUACCUGGAAGGACUGAUGGCCACUACCAUAUCUUCCAAUGCCAGUAAGGGCCGAGAAGCCAUGGAGUGGGUAAUCCGUAAAUUAAAUGCUGAGCUCGAAGAACUGGCAGCGUAGGCGAGAGGGAGCUUACGGGCCCCAUGGCAGCGGCCGCCUUUGCAGAGAAAUGACACCGAGGCCACGUGCUCCUGCAGGCCCCAGCUCUCCAGGCCCAUGUAUUUAUUUGUUAUUUAAAUAGUACAACUAUAUUUUAGGUAGAAUUUUUUAAUGAGCUGGAGUCCGACUAUGUGACUUUUGAUCAAAUUAACAGAUGCAGGGCUUCUAAGCCAGGGGAUCACAUGAGUUUACUUGGUGGUUCU